UACUGUACGCGUGAGGAGUGCACUGAAGCGGAGUCUGUAACUGCUACAAGCGACCAGUUGAGUGUAAAGAAACCUCAGCACGAAGUUCCAAUGCAAAAUCCAGGACCAGUUGGUAGAUUUUUGAAGUCGCUUGUCGACAGUAUCAGGACAAUAGGUGUUUUCAGUAGCAUGGAUGAUGCAGGUAUCGGACUCAUUCUCAAUUUUGUUUUCCUCAUGACUGUGAUUGUGAUCCACUUCACUUCAUACUUCUUAUCGGACUUCAACGACACGAACGUCUUUGACAGAAUGGCUGCUCAUGACCUUGCUACAAAUUGCAAGUUCAUGGAGGAACAGCUGAAGACGAAAGAUAUUGAAAUUAACAGGCUACUCACCACGGCUAGUCAAUCCCAAGGCAAGGAUGACAAUGCGAAUGAGCUUCGCGAGGAACUUUGUUGGAAGAACGCUGAGUUACAAAAACUUUUGAAAUCCAAUGAGAGUUUGAAAUUGGAAGUGGAUCGCAUUGAAAAAUCACUAGAGUCCACUACAGCUGAGCUAGUUCUGGAGCGCACUCAAAAGACUGAAGCACAAGGGCUUGCUGCAGACUGCAAACGUCUACUGGAGGAAAGCGAGAAAGCGCAUUUGCGUACGACUGAAGAGCUUACAACUUCUAAAGAGAGCCUGAAGCAGCUUGAGCAAAAUCUUGAAGACGAGCGACGCAGUAAUCAAGAAUUUACCACAAAUUUGAAGAUAGCGAAAGAAAAACUGGAAAAACUUCGGAAGGAGUUUGAUGUAGCUAAUAAUGAGAUUUCCAAACUGAAGACCGAGAAAAGUAAUCUUGAAUUGGAAAAUGUGACCCUGUCUGGAAUGAUCGAAGAAAUGGAUAAAAGUAGGAAGGAGGGCAGUGCUGGAGAAUCCGGCGGUUCUGGUGGAUGGUCGGACUUUGGCGACGAUUUUAACGAAGCUGAAGAUGAAAAGGAAAAAACACCCGCUUCAUCAACGGUUACAAUUCCAGUAGCUGUAGCUGGGUCCGAUGUGCGGGAAGCAGCAAAACUUCGAGCGCAACUCAAGAAGUCGCAGCAAGAAUUGGAUUCCAUUCGAGUCACUUUGGAUUCCGAAAGGGAGGAGCGCCGUCAUAUUGAAUCGAAGUUGAAAGCACUCAAAGCUGAAGCGGAGAAGAAAACAAAAGAGGUAAUAAAUAGAUAUUGGCUGUGA